UCACAUCAAAGAGAGAGAAGAAGAUAUGUCCCACCCGAGGGAUUUAACCGUUUGCAUCUCUUGUGUGGUCCUCCUCAUCGUCCAGUCAAGUCAUGGUUCUGAGAUUAUUGGUGGGAAAAAAGUGGAGCCCCACUCGCUGCCUUUCAUGGCUCUGAUGGAGAGUCCGGUCUGUGGGGGGAUACUGAUCCAUAAAUCAUGGGUCCUCACUGCUGCCCACUGUGCUAACGUUAAGAAGGUGUUUCUGGGGGUGCACUCCAUCAGAGAAAAGGAAAAAGAAUCCUGGCAGGUCUGCAAUGUUAAGCACAGGGUUCCUCAUCCCUGCUAUGAUGCAACAGAUAAGGUCAAUGACCUCAUGCUGCUAAAGCUCGUCAAACCGGUGAAGGAAACCAAGACGGUGAAAUGUCUCCCGUUGGGCAACACCGUCAAAGACCCGGUGGCCGGCACCAGCUGUAUGGUGGCCGGAUGGGGGAAAACCAGCAACAUUGCCAAGCAAAUGUCGGAUGUCCUGAUGUCCGUCAACGUGACCGUGAUCGACCGGGUGAAGUGUAACUCCCCUGAAUAUUACGGCUUUAAUCCGGUCAUCACCAGAGGCAUGAUAUGUGCUGGUUCAGACGGUAAAAACAGGGCCGACACCUGUCAGGGGGAUUCAGGAGGCCCACUUCUGUGCGAUGGAGCGCUAGUUGGUGUCACGUCUUUUGGAAAGAAUUGUGGCCUGAUUAAAAAGCCCGGAGUUUACUCUUUUCUGUCAGAAAAACAGCUCAUCUGGAUCAAAAAGACCAUGAAGAAAUCUGAAAUAUAACUAUUAUUCUGUAUUCUUGACCAAGUUCACCACUUAAUGUCCAUCUUUGGUUUUAUUUUAUAGGUACAUUCACUUUAUCCUACUGUAGCCUUUAUGAAAGGGAUUUACAUUUUUUUUUUAUUAAUUUCCUUAAGAUGUACACCAAAUCUCUUCUAAGAUGAAAGCAAAACACCAAAGUGACAUUGGCAACCAGAGAGAUUCACCACUUCCUGCAUUAGAAGCUUAAAUUGAUUUUGAGGCUUCGGCUCAACUGUUUGAUUUUUUGAUAAAGGUUAUUUGACGGGCAGGUGAAUGUUUUGUUUUGUCAGAAUUAAUCCAUAUAAUAUUUAUUUAUUGUGUCAUACAGAAGCUCUGAAUUUCACACCUUGUGGCAUCGCAGACUUGUGCUUCAGUUCUCUGCUUUCAGGUCGCGUGAAAUCAGCGUUCAAAUUUAAAAACCUGUGAUGUCUCAGUAAUGUAUACUAGUAUGACAGUAUGAACAUUUUGUUUUUGUCUUUUCGUUGAAAAUGCUUAUUCAAACGCAAAGAACAUGAUGCUCUGAGCAUUAAAAAGACAAAAAAAUAAAAUCUUGCGGAUUGUGUGCU